GCGCUGUGGUGGUGACCUGGCAAAAGCGCAGGCGAGGAAGACGAAGGGCAAAAGGCAGGGAAAAACCAAACGGAAGCUAGCUGGCUGGAGGAAAUUACUCGUAAAGUGGGUUGAAUUCUUUGUAGAGGGCGCCCAGCAUUCAGGUCGUUAACAAUGGUGAAAAUUUUUGUGGGAAAUCUGCCCCGAGAGGCAGACCAGGAUGAAAUCAAGGCACUCUUUACCCAGUACGGCACAGUCACAGAGUGUGCCAUCAUCAAGAACUACGCCUUCGUCCAUAUGGAUGACCGCAAGGCCGCCACCAAAGCCAUCAAAAACCUGCACCUCUUCAAGCUUCACGGCACACCAAUCAACGUGGAGGCCAGCCACGGGAAGAACCAGGGCUCAGUCAAACUGCAUGUAGCCAAUGUAGAGAAGGGAUCCGAUGAAGAGCUCCGCGCUCUCUUCGAGGAGUAUGGCACGGUCACAGAGUGUGCUGUUGUCAAGAAUUUUGCUUUUGUACAUAUGUCCAACUCUGAUGAGGCCAUGGAUGCCAUCAAGGGACUGGACAACACUGAAUUUCAAGGCAAGCGCAUCCAUGUCCAGAUUUCCAAGAGCCGCCCCAGACAUGACGAACGGGACGACUACCCCCCUCCUCCCCCAGACAGAGGUGGCUACUGGCCCCCACGCUAUCCAGGAGAGAGGCACGAGCCUCCCCCUCCCAGCUACCUGAGAGGCCGCCUCAGUCAUAUUCCCCCAGGUUACCCAGCCCCUCCUCUGCCGCCCCCUCCCCCUAGACGAGCUGUUUAUCCUGACCGUCCCUAUGAGGGUGAGAGGGACAGAUAUGGCGUGGUAGAUUACUAUGAGAAGUACAGAGCCCGUCCGUACGGCAUGGCCUCCUACGAGGAUCAGCGUGCCGGCGUCCCCCCUCCUCCCCCUCCCCCCUCAGCCGUCGUCCGAGACCGUCUCAUGACGUCGUCGCUUGACCCGUAUGAUCGUCGCCCCCUCCCACCUCCCCCGUCCUCGUACUACGCCCGAGAUCGCAGCCCCCUCAGGAGAGCUCCUAGCACGCCAAUGCCCCCCGCCAGUAACGGCUACUCCUACGAGCGCUCUCGACUCUCUCCGGUUUCCCGGGUCCCGGCAUACGGAGUUCCACGUGCCAGGGACCCCUACGCAGACCGGCUGCCCCCGCCACCGCCUGCACGCUACGCUUAUUAAGCGAGGCCCCGACAUGUGAAGGAUCGUCGUCCGACUGCGUCGCCGCUCGCCGCCUCCUGAUGCACGUGACACUAUCCACUUCCUGUCUGCGGCUGAGCGCGUUAAGUUCCCCUGAGAUGCUCACAGGAGGAACCGAAUUGCCGACGUCCACGUCUGUUUUUGUUUUUAUUAUUUUGGGACAGUUUUUACUCUCGUAUUUUUUUGCCCUGAUUGUUUUAGUUUGUUAUUGUGGUGUAGUAUUUUUAAUGCUUGACGUCAAGAGUUAGGCGUUUUUUGUUUUUUUUUUAAAUUGUACUUUUACGUUUGAAAACUUAGUGUUCUGAUGUGGUGUGUAACCUUAGAAAGCUGAAUCAUUUCAGCAGCAGUUUCUAGGCGAUACUUGUGACUGUAGAUUUAACUGAACUGAAUCAUGUUUGGUAUUAAAUCUAGUCUGCACGUUGGUUCCAUCAUGUUAAACUUUUCCAUCGAAAAACUAAACCUCCAUGUGGCGUUGCUGUGAAAAUUUAAACUGCUAAGACGCAAGAGUUUGACACAUGUAGAAAGUAACUGCUAGGUACUGCAGUUACCUUAAAGCGUUCAUGUACCUGUCCAUUGUCGAUCUUUUUUUUCUUUUUUUUUUUUUUUUAAAUAAAUCGAAAUUGUGCAGUAAUGUUGUUCACAGAUGUGCUGAAAAACAUGCCCAGCGCUGAAACACCUCAUCACUGCAACCGCUUGAAUUGAUUCGAAUCCUCUCCUAGGAUCCUUCGAAAAUAUAAAUUUAAUGAAUAUGCGUUUAUAUAAGAUGAAAUCACGAAUAACAAACUUGUGAAAAUCGUCACGCUGAUUAAAGAAAUAUAUCUCUUCUCUGAAAUACUACAGCUUUUAUCAUUCAUCAGCGAACCUUUUUUCCCUCAGUGCCAAAACUGAAAACCUCUUCACUUUAUAGCUUAGGUGAGUAGAGGCGUUAACACUCAAGCAGGUGAGACUUCAUAGAUGAGACUAGUUUACCUUGAAUCUGGGGGAGAUGACAUCAGAGGCUACUGGAGACCUUCAGAAUCAACAGGUAAGUCCAGGGCUUUAAGCACCACUGGGACUGCACAUGCUCACAUUGAACUGUUUUAUUGGUAAAUAUGAAUAGUUCUGUACCACAGAGGUUUGUAACAGUGGAAAUUAUAUUUUGUUUUUCACUCAUUACCUGUUGGCAAAACUCCAUUCAGCUGUAAAUCUGCUGCUCUUUAUUGCCAGUGUUUGUAAUUCAAAAUUAUAUACAUUCAGGAGCUGGCAGCCCUGUAUACAGCACUGACGGCACAUUUAAUACCAGACUUGAAGACCAUGGUUAGAUUUAGGUCCAAUGUUUUUGAAACUGGAAAUUAGCAAAGCAUUUAGGUUAGUUAGGUUCAGUUAAACUGGACAAGAGUGAAGGUUUUGACUGAAUGGACUUAAUCAGAAAGUGCACAUUUUUGUUUUACAGAUGUUAUCAGUAUAACCUUUGUACAAAAGGGCAAAAAGUCAACAAUACUGGGAGAUUGCUAUAUUAGUCAAUUUUACACAGAAUUUUGAUGGAGGUGAGAAGUUUACAGUACUCUGCUUUGUAUUGCCAUUUUGGAUUCUGACCUGCAUGAAUAAAAUAUUUAAAACAAUGA